UCCUAGCUACAUUGAUUCUGGAGUUCCCCAGUGGCGAAGAUACAUUUUCGAACGUCCCGGGAUACCAUGUGAAACAGCUGCAGUGUUAAUGAGAUUCAUUCAUCUGAUUUGAAGACGAUACCGUCCUACAAGCUGACGUAAUAAUAUUACAAUGAAAGGAUACAUUUUCUUAGGGUUUAUGAAAGUCUCAAUACUGUACAGUCACCAGGGGGCAUACGCACAAUAAUACACUUCAGGAAACAUAAUUAGUUCAACAUUUUGUCAACAGUGCAAUUUAAAUGCAGGCGAAUUCUUUCGGAAGACUUUUUUGAUGUCGCUGUAUGUACAUGUCAGCUGAAGAACACCGAAACGGCGAGCUAUUUUGAAGAUUUUCAUAUUGUAAUUUUGUUGCAGGAGGGUUUGUGCAGCCCCCGUCUCUCAGGCGUUGUUGUGAAUUGAUCUAACAUGGCGACUGUACCAGUUUAUUGCAUCUGUAGAUUACCUUACGACGUAACCCAGUUUAUGAUCGAAUGCGAUGCAUGCAAGGAUUGGUUUCACGGCAGCUGCGUGGGGGUGGAUGAAGAUGAAGCACCAGACAUUGACAUCUAUCACUGCCCCAACUGUGAGAAGACUCAUGGCAAGUCUACAUUGAAAAAGAAAAAGAACUGGAAUAAGCAUGACACAGGACAAAGCACAGAUGUCAAACCCGUCCAGAAUGGGAGUCAGGUGUUCAUAAAGGAGCUUCGAAGUAGGACAUUCCCCAGUUCUGAAGAUGUAGUGGUGAAACUGAAUGGAAGUCAGUUGACUGUAGACUACCUGGAGGAGAAUGGAUUCACAGAACCAAUUCUGGUUCUGAAGAAAGAUGGGCUUGGAAUGACUAUGCCAGCUCCAACAUUCUACGUUAGUGACGUAGAAAAUUAUGUUGGUCCAGAUGUUGUGGUAGAUGUCGUUGACGUCACAAAGCAGACUGACAGCAAGAUGAAGCUCAAGGAGUUUGUUGAUUAUUACUAUAGCACAAACAGAAAGCGAGUAUUAAAUGUCAUUAACUUGGAAUUUUCAGACACAAGGAUGGCAAACAUAGUGGAGAGCCCACAGAUUGUGCGGAAGCUGUCCUGGGUGGAGAACUACUGGCCGGACGAUGCCCUCCUGGGGAAGCCGAAAGUGACCAAGUACUGCCUGAUCUGUGUGAAGGACAGCUACACAGACUUUCACAUUGAGUGCGGUGGCGCCUCGGUCUGGUACCAUGUCCUCAAGGGAGAGAAGAUCUUCUUCUUAAUCAAGCCCACUUCUGCCAACCUGUCCCUAUAUGAGCGCUGGAGGUCCUCGUCCAAUCACAGUGAGAUGUUCUUCGCCGACCAGGUGGACAAGUGUUACAAGUGCACUCUGAAGCAGGGGCAGACUCUGCUCGUUCCUUCAGGGUGGAUAAAUGCAGUGCUGACUCCAGUGGACUGCCUGGCUUUCUCUGGCCACUUUUUACACAACCUGAGUGUGGAGAUGCAGAUGAGAGCAUAUGAAGUGGAAAAACGGCUGAAAGUUGGCAGCCUCACUCCCUUUCCAAACUUCGAAACGGCGUGCUGGUACGUGGGACGGCAUCUGCUGGAACGCUUCAAAGGUUUACACAAGGCGAAUAAGCAGCCAGCCCCAUACCUGGUGCAUGCGGCCAAAAUCAUCAAUGGAGCUUUCAGAUCAUGGACUAAAAAACAGGCUCUUCUAGAACAUGAGGAUGAACUUCCAGAAAAUAUGAAACCAGCACAACUCAUUAAAGACCUUGCCAAAGAGAUCAGGAUUUCAGAGAAUGCAACAAAAGCCAUCAAGGCUGAGCCCAGUGCUAAGGUGCCAGCAGAGGAGCCCCCACCCCCUCCUCCAGAGCCAGAGGAACCUGUAUCCCCUGUCCACAUCCCCACACCCCCCAGAGAAAAGCCUGCCAGGAAGAAGACCCCCAAGCCCCCCAAACCCCCUAAACCCCCUAAGCCCCCAAAACUCCCAAAGACUCCCAAGCCUCCAAAGACCCCCAAAGUGAAAGAUGGAGGGAAGAAGAAAGGGAAGAAAGCAAAAGAGAGUGGCGCCCCACCCAAAGCCUCCAGCCUGGCUGCUCUUGAGUCCCAUGCAAAAGAGAUCCUGACCAAGAUGGACCAGCCCAAGAAAGGGAAGGCUGCAAAGAAUGUUUUAAGCAUGUCAGAGAAGGAGAUAAGCAAGCAGAAUGAUGUUGAGAAGUUUGAAAUCCGGGAACAGAACAAGAACAAAACUGAGGCAAAAUGGAAAUACAAGAACAGUAAACCAGACUCAUUGCUAAAAAUGGAAGAAGAACACAAAUUUGAGAAGACACCCCUAUCAGGAAAUAAAGACAACAAAUUUGCCUUUUCAUUUUCUAAUAAAAAAUUGCUAAGCUCAAAAGGCCUCAAACCCCAGACCAACUCAAGCGUGUUCGGAUCAUUACAAAACUUGAAAGAGGACAAAGCCAAACCAGUGAGAGACGAGUAUGAGUAUGUCUCGGACGAGGGAGAGCUGAAGAUCGACGAGUUCCCGAUCAGAAGGAAAAAGAACACUGCAAAACGAGACUUGUCCUUUUUAUCAAACAUUAAAGAACCUGUUCAACCGUCUAAAAAACCAAAGCUUCAACCUGCAGUUCCCAAGAAGGUUGAUUCAUCAGAUGAAGACUCACUCCACAUAGACACAGAUGCCAAGCCAGAGGUCAAAGGUCGGAACUCAAAGGUCAAGAAGGAGAGUGGCAGUGCGGCAGGUAUUCUGGACCUGUUACAGGCAAGCAAGCAAGUGGGCGGUAUCGACUACAGUGCCAACAGUCAGCCACCUGCAUCCCCCAGCACACAGGAGGCCAUCCAGGGCAUGUUGUCCAUGGCUAACCUGCAGUCUUCAGACACCUGCCUGCAACAGUCCUGGAGCAACAGCCAGUCCAAGAACAACUCGCACUCCACACAGUCGGGCAAGAAGUCAGGUAGUGGAGGCGGUGGUGGAAACAACAAGCGACCGGCCAAGCGUCUCCCGAAGAAGAGCCGGAAGAGCGUCAGUGUGGACAGCGCUGACUUGUUUGACGAUGACCAGGACCACCUGGAUGCCUGUUUCAAGGACUCUGAUUAUGUUUACCCAUCUCUGGAGUCUGAGGAGGACAAUCCCAUUUUCAAAUCCAGAUCGAAGAAAAGGAAAAACUCUGACGACACUCCUUACAGCCCAACAGCACGAGUAGGCCCCUCGGUUCCACGUCAGGAGCGGCCAGCUCGAGAGGGAGCGAGAGUGGCUUCCAUAGAGACGGGGCUAGCAGCCGCUGCAGCCAAGCUGUCCCAUCAGGAGCAGCAGAAGACGAAGAAGAAGAAGAAGAGCACCAAAAAGAAGACUUUGCAGGAGGAGCCCCGUAAAGUCUCUCAGGGCAGUAGCUCUCCAGAACCCAAUAUGGACUCACAAGACAGCAGCCUGGCAGACCACGAGUACACCGCGGGAACAGGCAAGACAGCGGGGGGCUCCCAGCCCAUGGCGCCCGGGGUCUUCCUCACACAACGACGGCCCUCCACUUCAUCUCAGAACAACCCCUCAGCAAAGGGAGAGCGCGGGGUCACAGCUGAGGCCAAAGCCAAACGGCUAAAGAAAGGCAUGGCCACGGCCAAACAGAGACUGGGAAAGAUUUUAAAGAUCCAUCGGAACGGAAAGCUCCUCCUGUAAAUGAGACAGCGUGGGACGGGGACUCGCCGCGGGCCCCCCGGGCAGCCUGUGCCCUGACCCGAUUACUCCUCUCUGAUCAUGGACAACAGCAGCAGCAAAGUAAAAUACAAAGGGGAGUAAAACAGGUUACACCUUUAUCAGUUUCUAAGAAGACCAUAGUUCAAAUAGGUUUUUGCCUCUACUUAUACUUUAUAACUUUCAGAUAUUAAAGUGUACAGAAUACCUGCUAUAAAUAUUUUUUAAGAAAUACAUGUGUCUCAUUUUACUACAGCUGUCAGUCUAUCAGGGGUCGCUAAAAACAAAAUUAAAAAAAAGAACAUUGCAGUCAUUCCAAGUCCCAGAAAGUAUCCCUUGCAUGUACUUAGUCUCAUGCAUGUACAUUUCUUUGAAGGGGGGGCCUAUAAGUAAAUUCUGGAAUCCAUUCCUCCAAUACGGAUUAGGCUUGUCAUUGUCCAGCAUUACAUAUUUAAUGAGGGAUGAGUACAUAUGGACCCUCAAGAUGUUGAAGAGUGACAAAAAUGCGGAAUCCUUCCCCUUGGAUAUUCCUCACAUGGUCCUGAAAUUAACCCUUUAAUUAUAGUUUUACCUGGGUGAGACAUUUGAUUUACUUUCGUUUGCUAAGCACUAUCAUUGAUAAUAUUUAUUGACCUAGUAUAAUUUUUACAUGUCGUAGAUAGAUUAUAAAAAAAAAGCCAAAAGGCACUUACAAAGAAAUCAACAAAGCACUAUGAUGAAUUUUGAUUUUGAUGAGUUGUGCUAAACCGUUAAAGUUAAAUGCACAAUGUAAUAGGCUGGUCACAGCAAGUACCUGUAUACUGUAUGUGUUUUGUUGUGAAGUCUCGCCAAACCAUGUUGAAAGUGCAGCCUGUAGAACCUAAUUCCUGAAUCCAGGAACUUAUGUAUGCCACGAGCAACCAGCAAACAUUGAACACCGUCUUCACAAACCGAACAUAUCAGUGUACAGUAUUCUGUCACUCUUACUCAUAUCUUGAGGUCAUUUAUUAAAUCCAUGUUGACGGGCUACCAUGUUUAUAUCUCUUUAAAACAAAUUACAGAUUGAAGGAGCCCAAGCAAAAGAUCCUCAGCACGCAGUUUUCUAAAAAGAAGGCAUUUCGGUGCUUUCUUGUGACCUACUCAUUUUAAAUUAUAUAUGAAAUCACACAGGACAGUCAAACACUGGUCCUUUACUGUGUAUUUUUAAAUAAACCCAAAAAUGUGCCCGGCCCUGUAUCAAAUUAAUGUUUUAAAGACUUUUUUAAUGGAAUCUCCAAUUAUGUAUGUGCGUGCACGUGAAUGUGAGUGCGUGUGUGCACACGUUGUGUGUGUAUGCUUACUUUCACUGUUAAGUCACAUAUGGUCACGAGUUUCCCCCAAGAGGGACUGUUACAAUGAUAGAUAUUUUUUGUUUUAUUUUUCAAAAAUCAGUGUUAUUAUCAGAAAAGUGAAAUUUCCUUUUACACAAUAAUCAACAGCUCACAUAAGGAAUAUUUCUUAUUGAAAACACUAAACGAAUGGGACCUAUAUCUCUGACAAGCCUCAUCAUCCCAAGUCUUUUUUACACGGGGAUACUUUCUUAAUCACGUUUGUUUCACAGGCAGCACCAGAUAUUGUAGAUUAAAAUAUGCAUUUAUA